AUCUACUUUUCCCAGAAUUGUGUAAAAUGAAUGAGUAUGUGGACCACUUUCAGAAAGUAUUGAGCUUCCUUCGUGAACAUCAAAACUUAGUAGACUGCCAUUUAGUUGACUUUAUAACAGACAAUUUAUGGGAAAAAUGUUUACCAGAAAAAUUACGGCUACAACUGCAAGAAACCAAACUCACUAACUAUUUAAAAAAUAAACGCAUGCAAGAUGACAUCGGUACCGAAUUGCACAAUUUUCUUAAAUGUGCAAAGUCAUUAGCUAUGGAUGCAUGUCCAUUCCUAUUGGAACUGAAAGACAUACCAGCAUUUUUGUCGGAUCACUGUAAUAUUAAAUUACAUCCAAAUGAAGGGAACAAUAAUAAAGGAAAAUUUGAAUUCAUGAAAAAUAAAAAAAGACACGAAGUUGAAAUUCUUGCUGGAAUUAUUUCAAAGCUCUCACAGUUGAAUUCAAGUAUUGUAAUAGACAUUGGAGCAGGAAAAGGAUAUUUAUCAACAUAUAUAUCAGAAAAUUAUGGAAUUCCUGUCUUGGCCAUCGAUUCUUCCAAAACUUGUCAUAAUGGGUCAUUAAAGCGCCAACAAUUAAUGAGAAAGAAAAAUGCCCAAUCUACGUCAUUAGUACAUUAUUUAGUACAUCAUGUCAAUGAAAACACAGACUACUUUAAACUAAUAAAAGAGAAUUGUCCUAAUUAUGAACAAUGGAGUAAUGUGAUACUGACUGGAUUACAUACGUGUGGAUCUCUGUCACUGGCCAUUUUAAGGACUUUUAUAAAUUCAGAACAAAUUAAAAGUCUUUGUGUGGUAUCAUGCUGCUAUCACUUAACUCAAGAAUGCCUUAACGGUCAGUAUGAAUUUUCCAAAAAUGCAAGAAUGCUUGCUCAACAAUCGAUGGAAAGAAUCUCCAAGAAGGAAGAAUCUCUCUCUCCAUCGCUGUUUUACAGAGCGGUAUUACAGGUCCUUCUACAAUCAAUGGGAAAAUCUGAAAUCAGAAUAGGUCGCGGUGCGCCUUUGAAAAAUUUUCCAACUUAUGCAAUCUGGGCUUUGAAAAAAAUUGGGAUUCACUCGGAAGAGAUUCCAUCGGAGAAGGAAUUAGAAGAUCUAUAUACAAAUUACAUAGAAUUAGAAUGGAAAAUGAACAUUUUCCAAUUGCUGAGAGUGUACAUGGGUUCUGUCCUAGAAGCUGCCAUACAGCUGGAGAGGGUAAUAUACUUGCAACAAAGUAAGCAGUGCUCCAAAGCUGCAAUAGUGCAGCUCUUCAAUCCUGUUCUAUCUCCAAGAUGUUACGCAAUAAUUGCAUUAAAAUAAUUUUGGAGAUACGGCAAAUUGAAAUAAGCAAAGUACAAAAUGUACAAAUUUAUUUUCACUAAUAAAGUCAGUUGUGAGAUAUAGUCUAUAUAAAAUUUGGAGUACUGUACAUAGAAAUUGGUUAAAAUAUGUAAAAUGUUAAACUUUCAAGUUUUUAUUGGCAAUCAUGAAACACUGAUAAUUAUAGAAAUAUCUUCGAGACAGUAUUCUAAUAAAACUUGAACAGGAAUGUCUUAAGUAAUACUGCAUAAUACCUAAUAAAUUAUCCAUGAAU